UAGUUGAUGGAUCAUUGGGAUGCGCGACACUUGUCACAAAUGGACCAUACUUGGCUACAAGGAAAACAGUUUACCAAACCAGACUGUUUAAAGACCAAACAUCCAGUAGAACAAGUUCAAGAAAAGAGUUUUGAAGAAGAACUGUAUACACGCCACAAGUUAGUAGCUUUGGCGUUGGGGAGUCAAGUACCGUUGAGAAUAGAUAUUGAACGCCGUAUUUUGAAACAGUUUCAUAAACUACCGGGUUUUCAAACGACUCAACCUGGACUAGACACGAUACUUGGAAGAGACGAGGAAAUAACUUUUGAAGACGUUUUGUCUCCACCAGAGGAAAGAGACGACAUUGUCGAGACAGAUUCCCUUGCCGUGUUUGAGAGAAAGCUAAAGUUGUAACCUCUCUGAAUAUGUCAAUUUUGAAAGGA